UAAAAAAAAAAAAAAAAAAAAUCUCAGAUCAAUUUUAAAAUUUCAGAUUUUUUGUCGGACAUUUACUCAUAUUUUCUAUAAUGUCCCUGAUAAAAAGCUCUUUAUGUGUUGAUUUCGGAAGUUUUCCUCCUUAAACAUCAACUCGGCUCAUCUGGUUCCGAUUAUCUUCCAUUUUCCCCACAGCGGGAAAUAAACUCAGUUUUCCACGCGUGGAUGUGAUGAACCAGAACAUCCAGCAGUAUGACCGGUGGUCAUAAUGUUUUGCCUGAUCUGCGCAGGUUUAAGUUUCGUUUUCAGGGAAGCGAAAAAGAACCGAAAGUAUCGCAGCUGAUGUUGACGGACCGGACACUGAACCCAGCUGAUCGACAGAACCCAGCUGAUCGACAGAACCCGCUGAUGGUUUUCUGGUUCGGAUCCUCCAACCGAACCGAACCUAACGGAUGUCCGUUCCGAUGUCUGUGUGGAUACCCGAGCAUUUUUUGAGACUGAGCCGUUUUCUGAGUCGCAGGGAGUUCGAGAUGAGAGGCCUCAUAAACCACUAUCUGUCCUGCUGUGUCAACACUUUGCUGCAGACCCUCAACGCCACCUGGGAACUAGCAGACAUAUUAGAAAAGUGGAAACCCGCCGGUGUGAGAGCGGAAGAUAAUGUUCCCUUCCAGCUAAAGCGAGUCCUGAAGAUGAUGCAGGAAGAUCUUCCUCAUCCCGCUCCUCAUCAGGACUUCCUCCACUGCUUGGACCGAAACCGCAUCCGGCUGAGUACGCAGCACGACGCAGACGAAGUUUUCUUAUCCAUUCUGGAUUUCAUUCAGCGGCAAAUGGAUGACCGAACUCUGGCUAUUGAAAUCCAGAGUUUGUAUAAGAUUUCAGUGGAAACACAGGUGCAAUGUUUGGAGUGCAACAACGUUCAAACGCGGAACAGUCACCUGUUCAGCCUGCCGCUACACAUAAAGGAAGACCGAAACUCUCUGAAGGACUGCAUGAUCUCCUUCUUCGAGCAGCAGGAGCUGCGGGGAAUUGACUGCUGCUUUUGUGCACAAUGUGAAACCAAGACCCCAACCAAACAGGGUGUCAAGCUUUGCUCUCUGCCUCAAAUCUUGUGCAUACAAUUGAAACGCUUCAGAAAUAUACGUGGAUUCACCCGAAAACUCAACUGCAGUGUCACUUUCCCAGAAAAAUUCAACUUCUCUGAGCUUCGGAGGGAAGCGUUCUCUUCAGACUUCACCCAGAAUGACUGCAGGUAUACUUUAUAUGCUGUGGUCGUGCAUUAUGGCGAUGCAAUGUUUGGACAUUACACUGCUUAUGUCCGCCAGAGAUUGAGCAACCGCUGGUUUUAUGCAGAUGACAGCCAUGUUUCUCAGUCAUCUUGGGAAGAUGUGCAGAAAACUGAGGGAAGUCCCAACAGAGGGACUGCUUAUAUGCUAAUGUACAGAAAAGAUCCAAAAGAAGUCGACCAACUACCGGAUCUGUCCGGCUGAAGCAGUAGAAGAAAAGCUGAUGAUGCAACAUAGGAAAUGAUAAAUUAUUUACAAAGGAUUUGUGGUGUUUUUAUUAUCUUUGGUGACAGAUUAUAUUUGUUAAAUAUUGUUAACCAUUUAAGGAAGCUUGUCAGGAUUGUAAACACACCAGCAUUUUAUGACAGAGGCCAGAAGAUGGCGCUCCAGCAUCAAAAUAUUAAAGUAUGUGCCAUCCGCAGUACAGGGAACUUGAGCAAUAAGACUCAUUUGGUGUUUGAAGGGUUAAUGUGUGUUUUGUUCUUUUAUUUUCUGAUUAAAUAAAUUUUAUUUAAAUUUCUUUUGAUCACACACAAUAUUGUGAAAAUGAUUGAUAAACUUUUUAAAGGUUAACAUAAGUUAUUGAAAAAGCAUAAAAACUGGUGUUUUUUCACCUUUUAUUAACUUAUACCUGACUUUAUUGGGUAAAAAGAAAUAUUAGUCUGUCCCAUAUUUUAGUGUUGGAAAUCUCUGCUGCUUGAAAAUGACAAAGACUCUAACAUGCAGUAGAUUUUUUUUCUCACUUUCUUGGUUCCAUGUUGGGUUCACUGCUUUAUGUUUCUACAUGGUUUUUCUUGGGUUUAUUUUAUCACUCUGUGAUUAAUAUUCAGAUCACCUUACAGAAUUAAUGUUGCAAUAAAAAUCCAUGUUGAAAUUAACAAAAAA